ACAUUCUAACCUGAAACAUUAAAAAAAAAAAAACAAAAAAAAAAAGGCUCGUUCGAUCGUCUGAGCAUUUAAGUUUGUAUUUCUGAAAUGGAGUUCAUCACCUCAAGGCAGCUGAAGAAUGAGAUGAUGCUUUCCAAGAUCGCCAUCAGCGAUGGACAUGCGGAGAACUCCGCCUACUUUGAUGGGUGGAAGGCUUUCGAGAAUGACCCUUUUCACCUAACACAAAACCCCCAGGGUGUCAUUCAAAUGGGUUUAGCAGAAAACCAGCUUUGUUUUGAUUUGAUCCAAGAUUGGAUAGUGAACAACCCAAAAGCCUCCAUUUGUACACCUGAAGGGUCUGAGGAUUUUAAAGACAUUGCUAUCUUUCAAGACUAUCAUGGCCUCCCAGAAUUCAGAAAAGCAGUGGCAAGAUUCAUGGAGAAAGUGAGGGGAGACAGAGUGUCAUUCAAUCCAGACCGGAUAGUUAUGAGUGGGGGAGCAACUGGAGCUCAUGAAACGCUGGCGUUUUGUUUGGCUGAUCGUGGGGAUGCAUUUCUGGUCCCAACCCCAUAUUAUCCUGGAUUUGACAGAGAUUUGAAGUGGAGAACAGGGGCGCAGUUUUUCCCUGUUAUCUGCGAGAGUUCAAAUGAUUUCAAGGUGACGAGAGAGGCUCUGGAAAUAGCAUAUAAAAAAGCUCAAGAACAGAACAUCAGAGUCAGAGGAUUGCUGAUUAAUAAUCCAUCGAAUCCGCUAGGCACGGUGUUGGACCGGGAAACCUUAAGAGAUGUGGUGUGUUUCAUCGCCGACAAGAACAUCCACCUAAUCUGCGACGAAAUCUACGCCGCCACGGUCUUCAACCGCCCAGAAUUCAUCAGCAUUGCCGAGAUUAUCCAGGAAUUCCCAGUCAAUCUCGAUCUGAUUCAUAUUGUUUAUAGCCUCUCAAAGGAUCUUGGGUUCCCGGGGUUCAGAGUCGGAAUCCUCUACUCCUACAACGACAAAGUGGUAACCUGCGCCCGGAAGAUGUCGAGCUUCGGCCUCGUCUCCACCCAGACACAGCACCUGGUCGCGUCCAUGCUGUCGGACGAGGUUUUCGUGGAGAAAUUCGUGCGGGAGAGCUCGGAGCGGCUCCGCACCCGACACGCCGCGUUUACGCGGGGACUCGCGCAGGUCGGCAUAACCACGCUAACCAGCAACGCGGGGCUGUUCGUGUGGAUGGAUUUGCGGCGGCUUCUCAAGGACCCCAGCUUCGAGGCCGAGCUGGAGCUAUGGCGGAUCAUAAUCAAUGAAGUCAAGCUCAACGUCUCCAAUGGCGACUCGUUCCAUUGCUCCGAGCCCGGGUGGUUCCGCGUCUGCUUCGCCAACAUGGACGACGCCACCAUGCGGGUGGCGCUGCGGAGGAUCAGAGCGUUCGUGCUUAAGAAAAAGGGCGUCGAGGCGGCGGCGGCGGCGGCGGUGGCGUCAUCGGCGGCGAAGAAGCUUUGCAGGGGGAGAUCGCUACAGAUCAGUUUAUCGUUCAAGAAAUUGGACGAUUUCAUCUCGUCUCCUCACUCCCCUGUUUCUUCGCCAAUGUUUCAAGCCGCAAAUUAGAUCGUUCAACAUGCAUUAGUACGUACAACGUUGUUUAAUAAAAGAUCGAGGAUUUUAAGGUAAAAAAAAAAAAAAAAAAUAAAUCCUAAGAUUUAGGAUUUAUAAGUUUUUAUUUUUUUUUAUUUUCAUAGUGAUAUGAAAAUUGCAGUAAAUUUGAUUUAUGCAAUGGCCAUCUUACCUGUAAGCUUGGGAAUUGGGACGGCCAUUUGUUGAAUUGUUGGUGUGAUUGUUUAAAGAAAUAAUCCACGUUUUAAUUUGUUCUUG